GUGGCGGUGGGCAAGACGGCGCUGGCCACGCAGUUCGCCUGCGGCAGCUUCCCGGAGCAGUGCGAGCCGUCGGUGGAGGAGCUGUUCAGCAAGGUGAUCGAGGUGAACGCGGCGCCCGCGCUGCUGGAGAUCGUGGACACGGUGGGCGCCGAGCACCUGGUCACCCUCAAGGACCUCUACAUCAAGAACAGCGACGGCUUCGUGGUGCUCUACAGCGUGUGCAGCGAGGCCUCGUUCGAGGCCGUGCGGCCACUGCGCGAGCGCAUGGGCCGGCUGCGCGGGCCCAAGGCCGUGCCGUUGGUGCUGGUCGGCACCAAGGCCGACCUGGACGCCGAGCGCCAGGUGCUGACGGCGCGGGGCCGCGCGCUGGCCCGCGAGUGGCGGUGCCCGUUCCUGGAAGUCACGGCCAAGAGCAAACUGAUGGUGGACCAGGUGUUCACGCAGGUGGUGCGCGAGAUGGAGGCCCUGGCCCCGCCCGAGGAAGAGGCCCCGGCGGCGCCCACAAACGCCCAGGAUACGUGGCCGUCGGAAAGGUUCAUCGGCUAACAGGCAACGGUUGAUUUUUAACAUGUUCAUCGCUUUUCGUGAUCUCUGAAGCUCAGUGUUCCUCCUCUGCCUUCUUAAAGAACGUCAUCCAGCCGUCAACAAGUGGUUACCGCGACAUAUGGCCUCAAACCGACGCUGCGGGCUGUCGGCAGAACUUCUUCGAUCUCCGGAGAGAACUUUGCAACUCUGUUUUCCUCUGACAGCGCUAGAAGAAAAUAACCCUAAAUCGAAGAUUUUCCCCCGUAUGGAGAGAGCACUACCCUUUUCUUCAAGUGGCAUUUGUUACAGGAUUUAAAGGAAAAAAAAAAUGAACACCUUCAGAUGUCGUUGGACAUUUGAAACUGAUUGGGGAACACGAACUAAAAAACUGACACUUUCGAUUCAUUGAGGUUUCCCUGUGUUUCUCUCCCAUUCACAGCCUUGAGUUACAGCAGUAAUAUUUUCCUCUCUGUGUAUUUCUAAAUAUAGUUAUGACAUACAUAGCAUGGGCUUGAAAGGGGUGCUGUACACCCCGGGGGCGGGGGACGGGGGACAACAACUGUGGCCGCACAGCCAGCUCAGCUCUGCCUCUGGUUGUGUAACUGACAUCUGGUGGAUUUCUGCCUCUGUACAUUGAGUGAAAAUAAAAAGACUUCAGAAGCUGCUAGUUUUUAACAUUUGUCUUUCCGGUACUUAAAGCUACAGUUCUUACUGUCUUUGCUUUUCAGUUAUUUCCCAGGAGACAAGUUAGUGACUAGAGGCAAAAUGGCACUAGGUCUCCUGUGUUUUUGCAAAGUGCUUUCGGCAGUCAGUGGUUUUUCUUGUUCGGCAGAGUGGGACAUUUUGUGUCUGAAUACCUGCAUAGUUUAGGCUCACUCGGCAAGCAGAAGCAAAACAUGUAGGAAGCCUUUUGUAUCUCUUUCACGUAAGGAUACAAGAGACUCUUCUUGCACUGGUUUAAAAAUAGUAUUGUUUUAUCAUUUUAAAAAUGUGUCUUGAGUUGCUCGUGCUUAUUUGCACAAGUUAACAAAUUUACCUCACCCGCUGAAUGAAUUUUCAGAUUCAAAAAACAACUUCACCGUUUGAACAUCCUAAAAGAAAUAAACAAGAAAGCUCAAAACUG